AUGGCACCUGAGCCCACCCUCCUCCGAACCAUCACCACCCUCCUCAACUACGAACGUCUAGUCAGUGAUCCCCACUACAAACGCACCAGUCUGCACAGCAGCACCAUCGCAGACCAAACCAUACUUCCUCGUCUGGAAGGAAACGCAUUUAACAAAAAGCGUCCUGCCAGCAUUCAAAAAAUCAACGUUCACACUUUCCACCACGAUACAUCAACCCCGGAUCCAGCUCAAGAUCCAGCUCAAGAAACCUCAUCUAUUCCAACUACCUGCACCCUCCAUCCAUCAUGCGAUCUAGCAACCCGCUCACUCUCCUCCACCCAACUCGAAACCAUCGUCUACGAAUCUCGCAGCCACGACGGCUGUUACAAAGCGCUCACCCCUCUUCUAAGAAUUCUUCGCUUUCUGUUCCUCAGAGCAACAACUAUCCAUCCGCAUCAAAAACGAAGCAGCAAAUUCAAAUUGUCCGGUCCCAAACUCCUGAGUUUCUAUUCUCUGAAGUUGGGAAAUGGGGGCGCGACAUAUGUUACCGGAGGAGAAAACGAGAGUUUUCAUUCUAUGCUUGGCUUUCCUAAACCCGGAACGAGUGUAGGUCAAAUAGUAAAAUUGGAUGAGCUUUUCGUGGUAGAUAUAUGA